AUGAAAAUUGAUAGCAAACCUCUUAGGUAUGCCCACGCUGAAGGUCAUACAGACGUAUGCUACACUGAAGAUGGGCAGCACAUAAUAACCUGUGGUAAUGACGGUGACGUCAGAAUAUGGGUAGGCAUAGAAGAUGAUGAUCCCACCUCGCAUUGUGUUGGAGAAAGUGCACUUGCUGUAUGUUAUAAAGACAAGAGACUGUAUGUGGCGACGGACAACCAUGCUGUUCAAGCUUAUACGUAUCCCGCAUUUGAUAAAGAUGGCAUUGUUACCAGGUUUACGGCACCAGUUACUCAAAUCAAAUCAACAAACAAAAUUGAGGCCUUGGGAUGUUCAUCAGAAAAUAUGGAAGCCAAGAUAUGUAACUUAGAAGGUGGUGCUCCAUUGUUCGUCAUGACAGAGCAUAAAGGUCCAGUGCUGAGUAUUGCUAUUUGCCCACACAUGAAAUUUGCAAGCACUGCCUGUGGAGAUGGCAUAUUGAGGAUUUACAAUAUUGAUACACAAAAGAUUGUAAAAGAAAUAGCAUGUAUACCUAAGAUAAAUACAUUUUAUGCUGCCAAAGUUUUAUGUAGAAUGGAUUUCGAGCCAACAGAAGGGAAAUAUUUAGCCUAUCCUAAUAACCGUGAAAUCAUUUUAUUGGAUUGUGAAAGCUGGGGUCAGAGAAUGACAUUUACACAUAGUUUGAUAAAGUGCACAAUAUCGCAAUGUUUAUUUUCACCAUGUGGGCAAUAUUUAGCGGGCAAUACUGUUGCAGGACAAAUAGCCGUAUGGGAAAUCGGUUCUGGUGCCUGCAUAGAUAUAAUUGAACAUCCUACUUCUCAUAAUGUAUCUGCUAUGGCUUGGAACCCUAAAGGUAAUGGCAUUCUAGCAUAUUGUGAUGUUGCUGGUCAACUAGGUACCUUAAUUAACUGCUAUGGUAAAGACAGCAACAAGCUUGAUACAGAAACUGAUGACAUUGAAAUGGUUGAAAGGGGAGAUGACAAUGAUGACAUGGUGGAUAAUUUAAUAGAAAACUAUGAAAGUGAUGACGACAAUGCUAUAUCACUGGAAAAAAUUAAAAAUGAGACAUUAGGACUAAUUAAUUCUGAACAUGAUGAGUCACGACCUGUGUCGCGUCACACUACGGUUGCUCCGUCCUCUGUUCCACCACAACCACCCUUUCAACCUUCUGCAACUCCUUCUCAUCUUGAACAUAGAUAUAUGUGUUGGAAUGAUAUUGGCAUAGUUCGCUGCCACACUGUGGAGAAUGGAGAGUCUACUAUAGAUGUAGAGUUUCAUGACACAAAUUUGCAUCACGGCAUUCAUUUGAAUAAUUAUUUAAAUCAUACUAUGGCCAGUUUGUCUUCUACUGUCGUGGCUUUGGCCUGUGAGACGCCCAGUAAGCUGGUGUGCAUCUCGCUGGUGGGCAGCAGUAAGGAGUGGAGCGCGUCGAUGCCGGACACGGAGGAGGUGAUGUGCGUGGCGGCGGCCAGCGCCGUCGUGGCCGUGGCGACCACCGCGCGCCUGCUGCGCCUCUACACGCCCCUGGGCACGCAGCGACAGGUGAUUUCGCUAGCAGGCCCAGUAGUUACCUUGGCGGGCUUUAAUUCUACCGUAUUGGCAGUGUACCAUAGCACGGACCCGGGCGUGUCAGAUCAACACCUUUCAAUGGAUAUUGUUGCAUUAAACGGUCGUCAAGUCCGUAGCAAGACAGUUCCAGUACCCUUAACCCCCAGCUCCAAGCUGCGCUGGCUGGGAACUUCGGACGCUGGUUCGCCGUGCGCCUACGACAGCACGGGCGUGCUGCGGCUGUACGACGUCGCUAGCGGCCUCUGGAUGCCAAUUUGUGACACUACUACUCACUCCAGAGGAGCCUCUGAUUCCUGGUUUAUUGUUUCUGUGUGUGAAGCAACUCAAAAGGUUCGCGCGAUUUUGUGUAGAGGAGCGUCAUUCCCAGCCACUGCUCCAAAGCCAAUCGUAGCUGAAUUAGCUAUACAGAUACCUCUUUGUGAAAUGGAUACUGAAAAAAGCCAGUACGAAGAACAAUUAGUACGUUGGGCACAUACCACAGCAGAUGUCGACGUGAAGACGGCCAGAGAGACUGCACUCAAACUGUUUGCGCUUGCCUGCCGUAGCGAAGUAGAACAGAGGGCGUUAGAACUAAUGGAACUCCUGAAAGAUGACCGCUUAUUACCUUUAGCCGCGAAGUACGCGUCGAGACUUGGCCGAAUGCAUUUGGCGGAUAAACUAACUAACCUAGCCGACUCCUGGGAAAAGGAAGCUGAUAAAUUAAACAUUGCACAAAACUCACAUUUCAAUGAUCUGGACACCCAAGAAACUUAUGACGUCACUAGCACUGAGCAAGACUUGAAUGCUAGCUUGAUUUUAGCACCAAAAGUAAAAGAAAAAAAAGUGGAUUUGGAUACAAAUAUCAAGCCUGUGCCUAUAAAAGCAUCGCCAGGUGGUGCAAGAAACAUAUUUAAGAAACAAGCCACGAGCACUAAGAAUGCUCCGAGUCCUCUAAGUUUGACUGAACGAGUAUUGGUAGACGUGCACAAGGCUUCUGAAUCUACUGAAAAUGAAGAUCCACUUAAACCUAUCGAAAAUGAAACAUUUGUGGACUGGUUCACUAGGAAUAAAACAGUGUUAGAGCAACAAAACCCAGAGCUCAGUCCAUCGGAAUUGACUCGUCACGGCAUCAAACUAUUCAAGACUCUUCAAGGCAAACCCACAACCAACUCAGAUAAUGGGCCGAAGAGAAAACUAGACGAUGAGACCAACGGUACAGAAACACCUGUCAGCAGUGCGUCUAAACAAUCAAAGUUAAGUGCGUUUGCGUUUUCGAAGAAAACAACGUGA